AUGGACAUAUAUAACCAAUUGCUUCUCCAGCAAUUGGCACCGUUCAUUAAAAUAAACGACUCCAAGUGUCAGUCUGAUAUCACCACUCAGUUGCGAUCCAACUUCAACAAGUACAACAUACUGAACAGUGUCUGGGACAAUAGCAUAAUUAAAAAUAGGCUUCUGACUACAAAUUAUCUCAUUGAAUUCUCAGAUUCUUGGGACAUUGAUGUCCCAUUAAAACCACCGUCGCAAGAGCGAGAAGAUAAUGGGAACGAGGUGCAUUCUAUACUCUCCCCAUUCAAUCCUCUGUCUGAUAUCUAUCCCAAUGGUAUCAUAUCAGAGGACUGGUUUAAAAAAUAUAUUCAGAAUUUACCCUUUGCCUAUGUGGCGGCAUUCCCGUUACCUGAGCUGGUCCAUGACGACGGUGCAUUAAUAAGAGAACUUGCUGACUUGAGGGUCAAGUACUUAGCUCAUGGAAUCAAAUUUGUGUGUAUAUUGAUUUCAACUUCCGUAAACCCCAACGAUGACGACGAAAGAGUAGACAAAAUAAGGCAGCAGUCUGGCUUACCCAGGCUACACGGCUUACUCUAUCUACAUGCCAACGCAUCCAAGAACGUAAACCUUGCAAGAGAUCUCACCGUGCUUGUUACUUCUUUACUUUCCAAUUUGAAACACCCUUCAUUUGAGUUCUACCAGCAAAUAGAAGCCAAGAUAAAGCAAAGAAAUAAAAAGUACUACUCGUACCCGUCUGCGGCCAAGGUUCAAAGCAAGAUAGUGUUGACUCCCACAUUCUUAGAGACCCGUAAUUUGAUUAAACUGGGGAUGUUGAUCCAGUUCAGUAGCCCCCAUAACGUUGAAUUGAGCUUGAAGUACUUGAUACCUGCGUAUGAUAAUUUGAUAGACUUGGUGAGAGAAAACUUCCAAAGCCAGGAAGAGGAUAUCGAGGAGCACGAUAUGAAGUUAUAUACGCAUUUCAGGCUAUUGUUAGAUAUUCUUGCGUUUCAUAUAGUGAGAUGUUACUUAGCUGCUGAAGAUCCAAUAUCUGCUUUGAGGAAGCACAAGACCCAUAUUGCAAGUGUGAUCGAAGCUGUACACUUUUCCCCUUCAACUAACUAUUAUUUUUCCGAAAUAAACAACUGGAUAUCGAUUCAGUAUCAAUGGUUGGCACAGUUGCUAGAAUUAAUCCCUCAAUCAAUUCGGGUGGAACCAAAUCCAAAGAAAUUUGGCAACACAACUACAUUCUACUUCGGUGGAGUUCAAUUCAUAGACAAUGGAUUGAAGUAUGAUAUCAUUACUAAGCCAGGAUUGCUUUAUCUUAAGGCAGCUGAAUAUUUGGACAAAGUAAAGGUUAGCAGAACCCAGAAUAAGAAGAAUGAGUUGCACUACAAAUUAUUGCCUGAAUAUGAGGAGCCAGUAACUAAACAGCAAAAGAAGUUAGCUCUUUUGAACAAGGCAAAGUCGUGCUUUGUUGAUUUAUCUCCAACAAGUGUUGACUAUAAAAGUGAAUCUGCCAACUUUGACUCCUUCAUCAACUAUGUGAAUUGGAUGAUUGCAGAGGAAUAUUUCAAACUCGAUGACUUCAAAACAGCCAUUGACUUUUAUAAACUUUGUAAUAGUCUGACUAACCCACUUAUUUUGCAGAGAAUAUUUGAGUGUAUUGAGCAAAUAAGCGGAAGCGACAAGGAGGCAUUGGAGACUGCUAUACAAAUCUCCAGCAUAAAGUCACCGAUUUUAAGAAUAUUCGACUCCAAGAUUGCUAAUUCUUUGAAUCUAAAGAAUAUUAAGAAAAUAGACUGUACAUUAUUUGAAGUCACCCCUUUGAUUUUGAAUAAGCAACAAUCAACCACCACGUAUCUAUAUGAUGAGUGUUUAUUUCAGAUUAAGUUGCAACCAACUAUUAAUUUUGAAAAGUUGAAUAAACUAUUAUUGAAGAAGGAAAUUAAGAUUAGAGUAGAGAAGAUAAAGGUUAUUUUCAAUAAUGUUUCAGGGUUUAAAGAUAUUCUGUUAAAAAGAUUGGACUCACUUCCUUCCACAGCAUUGCAACAAGUCACUUUAGAUGAAAAUUCAAGUGGCCAGGUUAGGAUAGACUUUUUUAAUUCAAGUGAAGCCAAGAUAUUUGAGUUCUCACAAGUUGCCGAGAAGAUAGGUAAAGCUCAGAUAAGCUCCAUUGAACUUGAAACUAUUGUUGAAAUAGACAACUCUAAUUCAAUAUCACAUACACAAACUGUUGAGUUCAAAACUAAUAGUUCACCAGACGAGGCAAGUGAAACCCUAUUCCACAAUAUUAAGUACUAUAUCAACAAUAGGACUUCCGAAAACUUGCUGGACUACAGGUUUAGAAAUAUAAGAUUAAAUGGAGAAUUUGCAUAUUCAGUCAACAUUAUUCCAGUUAGACCAAAAGUUAACUUAAAUAUUAAGGAUCCUUUGAAAUCAUUAAUUAUGGGAGAGAAAGUGAAAUUGAAUAUACUCCUUGAUGUGGAGAAGCGUAAGGGAGUGGAUUACAAUGCCUUAUCCAUCGUCUCUGACAUAAAAUUGUCUGGAGGUGACUCCGAUGAUUACACAAUAAGAACAAGUUGGAACGAUCUUAAGGAUGAUGAGCCAUUGAAAUUAAGCGAAGACUCUCCAGAUAUGGUCUUGCUAAACUUAUCUAUUCAAGCUCGUCCGUCUAUUGAACUAAAGGAGGGUGUGAAAUUGAUGCUUAACUUCAAGCUUGUACUAGAUACAAAUACGGGAAAUACUGAAGGUGACGUUAAUGUUCCUACGUUGUUCGAUAUAAGCAACUUUGAAUUUGAUCUUGUCAAGGAACCAUUUGAACUCAAAUAUGGCAUUGCUACAAGAUAUCGUAAUCAAAAGGAAGCAGAGAAUGACAUGCCUAAUCCAUUUAUUAUCAACAAAGGCAGUUCAAUAUCUAUGCCUGUGGCCACUCGGGCAUGGGUUGGCAAUGUAACUUUCAGCAGUAGAUUAUCGUCUUCCAUUGAUAUCAUAAGCACAAACAUCAACAUUAAAUCUAUGAACCCUGAAGUUCAAUUAGAUUGCUUAGGGCUGACGGUGUCUCACGCUCACGCUCAAUCUGAACCUCAGACAUUUUCAAGGUCUUUUGUCACCACCAGCAAGACAGGUUAUACUCAUAGAAAUAUAGCAGUUUCUUCAGUUGGUACUAUAUUUUGGAAGAGAAAGAAUUCAGAAAUUAUAAAUGAGUUUAAAAGCAUUUACUGGGAGGUGACUUUACCAUUAGCUGAUCCAAGAGUAUUGUUAAUGGUUAAGAAGGGAGAAGACGAUACAAUUUGGAAACUACACUUCGUGAUUGAAAACCCAACACCAAGGAUAUUUACCUUUUCCACGCAAUUGUUGGAUGAACAAGACUCGGGUUGGCAAUACAUUGACGAAUUGAACUUGGUCCCAUUCGUUCAACCGCCCUUCCCCGUUCUCCCCUUUCUGAGACAUGCCAUUGACUUCUACGCCAAGUACAAUGGAACCAAGGGGGAGGAGAAGUUGGUCAAAUUACCACAAUUGAAAGUAUUCGAUAUCAAUUAUAAGGUUGGAUUGCCUACAUUGUCAGUUAGCGAGGACGUGACGUCGGUAGAAGGAUUACUAUACUUUAAGAAAUAG